AUGGCUAUCCGUCGUCAAGUUACUCCCAAGUCGUUCGGGGGUGAUGUCGACGAGAAGGAGGCGCCAAUUGUUCUGGUUGAUGGUUUAAACAAGUCAGAAGUGAAAAAUGAGUAUGCUCCUUUUGAUUUUCUUGCAGCAUCGUGUCAGUUUUAUCCGAAAGAAAACGACAGCUCACGCACUGUGGUUUUGCCGGCGUGGCGUGAUGCUGACCUGCUGCAGUACGCAAAGUUAACGAACUGGGUUAUCGAAACUGGUCUGCGGCAGAUUAAGCGGCAGGAUACACCAUUUUCAAAACUUGUUAAGGAGCAGUACUUCUAUAGUGGCGGCAGUUUGCGCGAGUUCUGUAAAAAACGGAGCUCGCUUGAAGAGCGUUUAGUGAGAGACUGCUGUUUCGAAGGAAAUGAUCAAGCGUUCGAGUUGGUGUACAACUAUGGUGGGGGACAAAGCAAGCGCCAAAUGGAUUGUUUGCGGCGUCACUACAUCACUGACUGCAACCGAAAAGUGGCAUACCAUAAUAGUCGAUGGUGGAAGCUAUCUGUGGAUUCCGGAUAUGUGCUGAGCCAGUUGGGGCGAAAAAUUAACACGGACAAGCAGCUAGAGGUUUACAAAUAUGCAAAAUCUAUUGGUGCGGGUUUCCAUGGCGUCGCGUACGAAUAA